ACAAGAGGAAACAGGACGUACUGUACGGAGGCUUCAUUGCACUGACAAAAACAGAGAGAGAGAGAGAAAGAGAAAGAGAGAAAGAUCAAUAAUGAGACGGCGAGUCGAUGAGGAGAGAAACGACAUUUGAAGUCGUACUUUUUACUUGUGUGAUCAGUGAUUAAACUGCUGCUGCUGCUGCUGCUCCUGCGCCUUUUGGACACCAGGAAGGAGAACCCAAAAAAACGGACCUUGAACGCGUCUGGAAAAGUCACUCCUUCAUGAACCCACGUGCUGCUGAUCUGCUGCCACUGUGCCACAAGAUGGCAGGAGAUGAUCUACGAUAGCUGAGGGAAAAGUUGAAGUCUUCCGUGUCACAUCAAGGCGAAAAACACUACUUUUGUGACUGAAAUCUCAUCAAAAGAACUGCUUCUUAGUUUUUUAAUUGAUAUAUAAUAAAUAAGACACCAAAACACGAACAAUGGCUUCCUACAGCCCUGCCCCAACACAAGAGGCACCAAACGGCGGCCCCCCGCCUGAGAAGUCUAAUGGCGCGGACGAAUCCAUGAAGCUGAAGAAAGAGAUCUCCCUCCUGAAUGGGGUGUGCCUGAUAGUGGGCAACAUGAUCGGCUCGGGGAUCUUCGUCUCACCUAAAGGCGUCCUCAUCCACAGCGCUUCCUAUGGCCUGUCCCUUGUGGUGUGGACCAUCGGUGGGAUCUUCUCCGUGUUCGGCGCCCUUUGCUACGCCGAGUUGGGGACCACCAUCACCAAGUCCGGCGCAUCCUACGCCUACAUCCUGGAGGCAUUCGGAGGUUUCCUGGCCUUCAUCCGCCUGUGGACGUCGCUGCUGAUCAUUGAGCCAACCAGCCAGGCCGUCAUAGCCAUCACCUUCUCCAACUACAUGGUGCAGCCCGUAUUCCCCACCUGUAUCGCUCCAUACUUGGCCAACAGGAUGCUGGCUGCUGCUUGUAUAUGUUUGCUGACCUUUGUGAACUGUGCCUAUGUGAAGUGGGGCACCAGAGUCCAGGACUUCUUCACGUACGCCAAAGUCAUCGCUCUCAUUGCGGUCAUCAUCACUGGCCUGGUGAAGAUUGGAGAAGGUCACACGCAGAACUUCGAGGGCUUGUUCGAAGGCUCAUCCCAGGACCCCGGAGGCAUCGCUCUGGCUCUGUACUCGGCUUUGUUCUCCUACUCUGGAUGGGACACCCUCAAUUUUGUCACGGAGGAGAUCAAGAACCCAGAGAGGAAUCUGCCGCUCGCCAUUGCUAUUUCCAUGCCCAUAGUGACAGUGAUCUACAUUUUGACCAAUGUGGCCUACUACACCAUCCUACCCAUGAACGCCAUCUUAGACAGUGAUGCUGUAGCAGUGACAUUUGCAGACAAGGUGUUUGGAGUGAUGAACUGGACUAUUCCCUUAGCUGUGGCUCUGUCCUGCUUCGGAGGACUAAACGCCUCCAUCCUGGCAUCCUCCAGGCUGUUCUUCGUGGGCUCCAGAGAGGGCCACCUGCCCGACACCCUGUGCAUGAUCCAUGUCACCCGCUACACUCCCAUCCCUGCCCUGCUGUUCAACGGGCUCAUGGCUCUCAUUUACCUGUGCGUAGAGGACGUCUUCAGGUUGAUCAACUACUACAGCUUCAGCUAUUGGUUCUUCGUGGGUCUUUCCAUUUUGGGACAACUGUACCUGCGCUGGAAGCAGCCAGACAGAAAGAGACCACUGAAGCUCAGUCUCUUCUACCCCAUCAUCUUCUGUUUGCUCACUGUCUUCCUGGUGGUGGUGCCGCUCUAUAGUGACACCAUCAACUCCCUCAUCGGCAUUGGCAUCGCCCUGUCAGGAGUGCCCGUUUACUUCCUCUUCUGCAAAACUCCAGCCUAUAAGAGGCCAAAGCUGCUAAAGAACUUCAUCGCUAAGUCCGGCCUGUUCAUUCAGAAGGUGUGCUACUGCGUCCUGACUGAAAUGGACGUCGACAAGGCAGAGUAGAGACGUUUGGUUUUAACACCCUGCCGGAGACUGACAACGCACAAAAAAACCCACACAGAGGCUAAAACCUGAACUCAUCCUGGCCAGUCACUGCUGCUCUUAGGCCUCGACGGACUAACAUCGGGAUUGAGCUGGACACGGCUCUCUGACCUGUCAAUCAUCACCCUGGUGAUAAUGUUAAUGAAUGCAUGCAUGAUGGCGCCCCGGUGCUCGUUGGCAAGAUUUCAUUCAAGCUGACUGCGACUUCAGGGAGAACAUUUUAAUGCACUCCUGAAGAAAUCAACUGCAUCAGUUUUUUUUUGUAUCACUGAACUGAAGGCAUUAUAGUAGAGGAUUAUUUAAUUGAUAUGUCAUGUGUGACGUCACAUAACCCGAGAGAUAUCUUGUUGAUUUUACUGGAAGGUUACAGAUUAUUGUUAUUAUGGUUAAAUUGUUAAAAGUGGACAGGAGAACAUUUUGAAACUAAAAGCAC